CGGGGAAGUGAGGGCUGCGGGAAGAAGGCAAUCCCGGGGACCGGGGAAGUGAGGGCUGCGGGAAGAAGGCAAUCCCGGGGACCGGGGAAGUGAGGGCUGCGGGAAGAAGGAAAUCCCGGGGACCGGGGAAGUGAGGCUGCGGGAAGAAGGGGACGGCUCUUUCCGCUCCUCCCACCCAGGUAACACCCGGCCUGUCACCGCUCGGCUGGGGCUGCUACAUCCGGGUUGUCCCCGUGAAAGGGCCAGAGCCGGAUCCUGUGGGAAAUAUGAGGCCGGGGCUCUAAGUGACGGCAGAAUACAGGGCACAUGGCGGGGAACGGUAAAAAAAAGAAGCAAGUGCGCUUCGCCCGGGCGGAGGACGAAGAGGCCGGUGACGAGGAGGAGGAAGAAGACACUUUGUUUGAGAAGCGGUCGGCAAGUGUGAGAGGCAACCGGGAGGAUGAGGAAGGCGGGAGUCGGCGGAGGAGAGCGGAGGAUGACGUGCGGCUGGUGCCCGGAGGCCUGAGGGACAGGAGCGGGCAGCAGUGCGGGGGCCUGAAGUGCGCUGUGACCACCGUCAUGUGCGCCGCUUUCCUGGGGCUGGGAAUGGCUAUUUCAGUGUUAGGUCCAACGUUCCCUGCUGCUGCUAAUGUGGAAAGCACUGUUGGAAACAUUUCCUAUAUUUUCGUAGGAAGAUCCUUAGGAUAUCUUUGUGGCUCUGUCUUGGGAGGUAUCCUUUUUGACCGCAUAAAUCAGCACCUUCUCCUAGGAUUGUCAAUGCUGGCAACUUGUGCUGGACUUUCUGUCUUGCCAUGGUGUAAGAAGGCAUUUUUUUCUUUUGGAGUUAUGACUGUUGUGGGAACUUCCAUGGGAUUCUUAGAUACUGGUGGAAAUGUGGUCAUUCUGAACACCUGGGGAGAUGAAGCUGGACCUCAUGUGCAAGCACUCCACUUCAGUUUUGCUUUAGGGGCUCUCUUGGCUCCAAUAUUAGCAAAACUAAUCCCAAAAAUUCUGCCACUUGAUAAAAUUCACUUUCAAUUCCAAGAUUUGCUGGGUGUCAACCAAACAUCUCAAGAAUCACAUGAUAUGCCUCUGGGAAUAAGAAAAGCAAUGUUAUCCUAUAUUGUUAUCGCAACAUAUAUUUUGCUAGUUUCGUUAUUUUUAUUUAUCUUGUACAGCAAAACCCAAUCAAACCAAUCGGCCGCCAAGAGUACAGAAGAGAAAGUACGGACAGCCAAGUACCACAAUGCUCUUAUAUUUCUCCUUUUCUUGUUUUUUUUCUGCUAUGUUGGUGCAGAAGUUGCUUAUGGUUCUUAUAUCUUCACCUAUGCCAUCACUACAGUAGAAAUGGACCAUGAUGAGGCAGCAGGGCUGAACUCAAUAUUUUGGGGAGUGUUUGCUGCAGUAAGAGGUCUGGCAAUCUGUUUUGCAACAUGUUUAUAUCCUGGCACAAUGCUGCUACUAAGUGUUAUUGGCUGUGCUGUCGCAUCUUUGUUUUUACUCCUUUUUCAUACCCAUCCCAUUGUGCUUUGGGUUGGUAGCGCAUUGUAUGGUGGCUCAAUGGCUACCACAUUUCCUAGUGGCUUUUCUUGGGCACAGCAGUACACAACCAUAGGAGGAAAGUCUGCCUCCUUAUUUGUUGUCGGGGCAGCACUAGGUGAAAUGGCUAUUCCUGCUUCUGUAGGUUACCUUCAGGGAAUGUUUCCCACCUAUCCAGUACUUAUGUACACAAUCUUGGCCUCUUCUGUAUUGACUUCAAUUCUGUUUCCAGUUAUGUACAAACUGGCUACUUGUCCAAGAGACAAGACACGCUGGAAUGGAAUUGAAAGUGAGGAUCGUCGGGCUUUACUUUCGGGUUCUGGAAUAGAAGAGGAGGAAGAGGAAGAGGAUGCCCAGCACUGGAAUGAAGCAGAUUUUGAAUCUAUUGAAAUGAACGAUCGAGGUAAAAACUACAACACUGUGAUACAAGAGAGCACAUCAGAAGUUACUUUAGCUUCAGAUGUCAACAGCCUACUGGUAUCAAAAAAUGGGACAGUAAGUGAUGUGAUUGCUAGUAGAUCUCCCUCCAAAAAACUGGAUGCGGACAGAGAAAAAAAAGACUAGAAAUGUCUUGACAAAACAUGCUGGCACUUCAGGCUAAAUUUGCCUACGAUUAUUCGCUUGAAGGAUUUAUAUGUUGCUUUAAUGUGUACUUAAAAAUGAAAGAGCUGUCCUGUUAUAAUUAUCAUCUCAUUAAAGGGUAACUCUAAUUUUUGCUAUUGCACUACUUAAAAUAUUUCUAAUAUACUUUGUUUAAAAAAAUGAAGUUUUCUAUGUUUUUAUUUGUGCGUAAAAAA